UGUGCCGUCUGCAAAUAUUACUGAAGAGGAGACGACUCGGUGGCUGCACUCAGUCAAGAGAAGCGAGUCUGUUAUCCGUACCAAACUCGCCAUUCCAAGUUUCCCAUCUGCUAAUACAUAAAGCAGAGCCUUAAACCAUUAAACCCUUAAACCUCCUUCCUUAGUUUCUUCUUCAAAUAAUCUCAGCAGCUGAAGAGAGAAAGACAGAGAAAAUGAACAGGACUUCCAGUCUCAUUCAACUCUGGCAAACUCCCCCAACCAGAAUACUUUUCAGAAGCUCAAAACUCUUCCAAGGGUUAUAUGUGAUACCUCGUGUCAAAUUUUAUCCACCACCAUGCUCAUGCAAGAACAUACAAACUACCUCAUACGAAGAUGUCAAUGGUAAAGCAAGCUAUGUACCCACAAUCAAAAUUAAAAAAGAAAUGGAAGAAAAGGAAAAAUUACCAGAGAAGCUUGAAACAGUUGGUGCAUUUCAAAAGCUGCCCAUGGUGAUGCCAUCCUUUGAUAUUCUUUACUCAGCAAUAAAGAAGGCCAAGAGAGUUUCUCCAACUAAGGGCAUUGCCAACAUUGCAAAGCGAGAGAGAAAUAGAGGUGCAAAGCAGCUUGAUGCGCUGAUGAAAGAAUUGGCAGUUCCUUUGAGGACUUACAUGGAGAGUUUUCCAAAGAGACAUACUCUUCAUCCUUAUGAGCGAUCUCUUAUUGAAUUGACUCUUGGAGAUGGAAAUUAUGAAGAGGUAUUGGGCAAUGUGGACUCUCUGAGGAAGAGGGUGGUCUCCGUUGCAAAGGAACAUGCAUCUCUUUGUGCUAAGUCAGUUACUAAGCGAGAAGCAGAAGAUCGACUAGUUGAGGGUAUGAAGAAAGUUGAAGAGACAUUUAAUCACAAAGGGAAAGCUGUUGAUGAUUUGUUAAACAUUGCCAAGACUUUGCGAGCAAUGCCAGUGGUUGAUCUUGAAACACCAACACUUUGUCUUGUUGGUGCUCCAAAUGUGGGAAAGUCUUCCCUGGUUCGUGUGCUCUCUACAGGGAAACCUGAGAUUUGCAACUACCCUUUUACAACCAGAGGAAUACUAAUGGGCCAUAUUGUUUCAAACUACAAUCAUUUUCAGGUAACGGAUACUCCUGGUUUGCUAAGGAGAUGUGAUGAGGACAGGAAUAAUUUAGAAAAGUUAACCCUUGCUGUUCUCUCUCAUCUUCCAACUGCAGUACUUUAUGUUCAUGAUCUCUCUGGAGAAUGUGGAACCUCUCCCUCCGAUCAGUUUAUCAUAUACAAAGAAAUAAAAGAGAGGUUUUGUGAUCAUCUGUGGCUCGAUGUUGUAUCCAAGUGCGAUCUGUUACAAGAUUCCCCUGUGGUCUUUGUCACAGAAAAUGCUGACGAAGAUGGUCUUGAGCUAGCAAAGUACCGCAAAAUGGGACCAGAUGGGGCUUUACACGUAUCAAUUACAGACGAAGUAGCGCUGAGCAAGUUGAAGGAUAAAGUGCAUGAGAUGCUCAGUCUUCAGAUGGCCAGAAUCCAAGCUGAAAAAGGAAGUAUGAUUUGUCAGACAAAUUUGAACCCUGCAGGCAGUGCGACAGAUGAACCAGUUCAAGUUCUUCAGCUGGCUCAUUUAAAGAAAUGGACUUCUUAAUAUCUCACUAGCAUGUAAAUUCUUGCAAAUGCAAGCCACCGCCCUCGUCAUACUUAAUCGUUGACUCGUCAUUCAGGCAGUAAAUUUGCAGAGAAGACGAGAGCUGGAAUAUAGGAUUAAACACAGGAUUAGCUCAUGUACUAUAACUUUUUGUACAUUAGAAACUUUUCUUUCUGGAAUAACUUUAGAAGCAUAAGGCAGAUUUAUGCAACUCAUUUGAAGAAAGUCAAGUUCUACUCCAUAAGCGGUCUGGUCAUUCUAUGUAAAUGUUUUUGUUUGUUUCUUUUCUUGUCUUUCAUAUUUUUUUAGCUCAGAAUCAGUCUUUUCAAUCAAGAACUUAUUUUCCUUUGAUAUUUGCUUUGAGUUGUAUUGAUUAAUAACAAUUUCACAUAAAGAGUUAAGACAUUUUUGUUGCACCA